AGUUGUACAUAGACGGCGAGAACGCUCUUUUUAAAUAUGCGGACGAUUCAAAUAUAAUAGUGCCAGUUUGGAGUGACGGCCCUGAUACAUCAACUGAUACAGUUGGACAAUUCCUGAGCUGGUAUGACGAUAAUUGUAACCCUGGUAAAUGUAACCCUGGUAAAAGAGCUUUUCAUCCAGAAGAAGGGAUAUAA